AUGGCCAGCGCACCGCCCAAGCAUCGUCAGCUCCCCGAUAAGGAGGCCAAGCUGUUCAAGGAGCUCUUGGUUCAAUAUGAGCACAAGCAGUACAAGAAGGGCAUCAAAGCUGCCGACUCCAUCCUGAAGAAAUUUCCGAACCAUGGAGAAACCCUCGCUCUGAAAGCACUCACACUGUUCUCUGGCCUUCCUAUGCCCGCAACGGCCGCAUCGCAGCCGAAGCAGGACGAGGCGGAGGCUAUGGCCAAGACGGCCGUCAAGAAGGACAUCACGAGUCAUAUCACCUGGCACGUGCUGGGUAUCAUGGCGAAGGGGCGGAAAGACUGGGAAGAGGCCAGUCGAGCGUUUGCUAUGGCUCGGAAACAGGACAGUGACAACCUUCCCAUCAUUCGCGAUUCCAUAUCCCUCUACCUUCACACUCGUCAAUACGAAGCCGCCGUCGCUGCACGACACCACUACUUCCUCCUUCGCCCCAACGUCCGUUCGUCUUGGCUCGGUCUCAUGGUCGCGCACCAACUGAACGGGAACAAUGAGGAGGCUCUGGAGCUGUACGAUGCGAUGGUAGGGACGAUCAACGCAGACGGGGCGAGUCCGUCCGAGAAGGCGCAAAUCAUGUUGAAUGUGGUCAAGGUGUGCAUGGAGAUGGGGCGCGAUGGUGAUGGACUCCGGAGAUUGGACAGAGCGAUCAGGGGGAAGAUAUUGAGUCCGAGAGGGGAGGUGACGCAGCUGAGGGCGGAGAUGCUGAGUAAGCUGGGGAGGAUGGAGGAGGCGGUAGAGGCGUACAGGGAGUUGAUCAAGCAAAAUCCGGAUAAUCUAGGGUACUAUACGGGAUACCUCCGCGCGAAGGGAUUGGAUGUCGCUUCAUCUCCGUCUGAGCAGACCACAUCCGGAGUCCUAGCGGAGCUUGACCAAUUCGCACAGACCUACCCCAAAUCGACCGUCCCCAAGCGCAUGGCUCUCACCGUCUCAUCCGGCUCAGAAUUCCGCACACGAGUCAAGCCAUAUCUCAUCAACGGCCUCGAAAAGGGGAUCCCCUCCCUCUUUGUCGACGUCAAGUCGCUCUACCAAAACCCCGAAAAGAUGGCUGCCGUUGGCGAAAUAGUCGAAGAGUUGAUUGAAUCACUACAGAAGGAUUCCAGUCUGCACGAUGACGACUCCGUCGCACCACCCACGACCCUUCUUUGGGCAUACUACUACCUCGCCCUUCACCUCUCUCACCCCCUCCACCCAAACCCCUCCUUCAAGCGCUCGCUCGACCUCCUCGAGAUCGCCUUGAAACAUACCCCGACAUUACCUGAAGUGUACAUGGCCAAAGCGAUGGUUUUGAAGCGCGCGGGCGAUAUUAUGGGCGCGGCAGAGACGAUGGAAGAGGCGCGUCUCCUAGAUGGGCAAGAUAGGUUCUUGAAUGGCAAGGCGGCAAAGUAUUGGUUGAGAGCUGGGGAGGUCAAGAAGGCGGAAGAGCUCUUGGCUAUGUUUACAAAGAAGGAUAUCUCGGCGAUGUCGGACUUGACGGACCUGCAGUGUCUUUGGUUCUUGCAAGAAGAAGGGGACUCGUAUCGCCGAAAUGGGAAUUUGGCGAUGGCGUUGAAGCGAUAUCAGGCUACAGCGACGGUGUUCCAAGAUUACGAAGACGAUCAAUACGACUUUCACACGUAUUGCUUGCGCCGAAUGACCAUAUCUGCCUACCUCUCGUUGAUGCGGUAUGAAGACCAACUGCGAUCACAUCCGGCCUACUUCAAGUCGGCGGUGGCUGCGAUUGAGAUUUAUACGUCGAUUCACGAUGAUCCCAGCUUGACGGAGGAGAAGCUAUCACCGGAAGAAGAAGCAGAACGUAAAAAGGCAGCUAAGAAGGCUCAAAAAGCUGAUCAAAAGGCCAAGAAGGCCGCCGCCGCAUCGGGAGACGCCAAGAAAGAGGACACACCCGCCCCCGACCCAGAUCCGACCGGUGAAUUACUCAUCAAGACGGAAACGCCAUUGGAGGAUGCGUACAAGCUCUGGGUACCACUCGAGCGGAUGGCGAGUGGGCGGGUGGAGACGUGGACUUCUGGGUUCGAGAUUGAGAUGAGGAGAAAACGCUGGCCGGCCGCGUACAAGUGCUUGCUGGCUGCUUAUAGUCUCGACGCGGAGGACCCUACUCUGCACAGGCAGCUCGUCACAUUUGCGCAAGCUCUACCAUCAUCAGACGUCCCCGAUGCGCUCAAAACAGCAUUCACGGACCGUCUCCCCAUUCUCAGCAUCAUAUCCUCCUCCCCUCGCGACUUCACCGCCGACUUUCUCACGCGCCACUCCUCUUCCCCUUCACAUAUCCUCGGUGCCGCCCAGGGACUCAUCGCCGUCCUCUCCGCUUCAUCCACACCCACGCAAGAGAAGAAAGCUUUGACGGGAGGAGAGCGGAAAGAGGUGAUUGCGAUCUUGGAGAAGAUGGCGGGUCCGGAUAUCCACCCGGAGAUUGGGGCGAUGCGGAGGGGUAUUGAGGUGUUGAAGGCGCUUCAGGGGACGGAGGGGGAGGUGCAGGCUUUCAAGGGGUUGUGUAGGGGACGAGUACCGCUUGCGGGGGUGUUUAGUAGUAAGGAGGAGGUGGAGGCGAGGAGGGCGAAAGAGGUGAAUGGGACGGCGGAGGCCAAUGGGGUCAAGGCGGAUGUGUAG